CAGCCCAAUCAGGGCGGGUUAAACGAAUUCAAACCCCGGCCCCGCAAGCACCGGCGGUGGCUUCGCUUCGUUCCCCCGGUUGGGGACGGGGCUGGUCCGGAUGGGCUCCGGGAGCCUCGGGGCGGUCCCCGCCUGCCGUAGCUGGUUCCUCACACUGUACGUCUGCUGUGUUCACCCCCCAAUACGUCUCUGGAGCAGAAUCUGGGUUUGGUUAGACUCAACAACUCCAGGGCAUCUACCUUGAUCCACCCAGCAGCUCCCCCUUUGUCUGCAUGGAACCUGCUCCAGCGUGAGUGAAGAGCAGCUGCCUUCCCUGUGCACUCUCCAGGAGAGAGGCGGCUGCUCCUUCCCUUGAGAUGGCAAGUGAUGAAGCCAAGAGUCCACGCCGGCCAGCCCAAGAAAGCUGGAUCCUGGAGACCUUUCCUCAGUGAUGUGGCUGUUUGGACGCAGCCUUCUCCUCCUUCUGCUGCAGUAGCAAUGCUAACAUCCCCGUGGAGCUGCAGUGAGGAGGUCCUGGCCUGGGCAGGAGCGAAUCCCCAGCUCGGCGUGGCAGCACCGGUGCCGAUGGAGUAACCCGUGCUCUGGGUGCGUGGGCGCAGCGGGAGGCUGAAGCUGGCUGCCCGCGCCCCGGCGCGGCCGAAUGCGCCCUGCCCACACGCUCCUCGCCUCUGCCAUGAAUGAUGCAUCGACGAUGGAUUAUGAACUGCUCUCCCCGUCUUUGGUUGAGCACCCAGCCGGAGCUGCGGGUAUGGAUGCCGAGCAGAAAACCGUCUUUGCCUUUGUCAUCUUCCUCCUGGUCUUCUUGGUGAUACUGAUGGUGCGCUGCUUCCGCAUCCUGCUGGACCCCUACAGCCGCAUGCCCGCCUCCUCCUGGACUGACCACAAGGAGGGGUUGGAGAGGGGCCAGUUUGACUACGCCCUGGUGUAGAGGGCGAGGAUGGGGCGAGCCUGGGUGCUCCGUGUGCCUCCCACCCCAGCUGGCCCCAGCCCCGGCCCCCCCUUCCUCUGUGGUGUCACCCCCGGCCAGCAGAGAUGCUCUGGGCAGGGCGGUGAGGUCAGGCUCUCGUCCAGUGUGGGUUUUCUAGGGGUUUCUCUCUUUUCUAAGCACUUUUCAGUUCUCUUCGCGGUCGACGGGACUCUUGGAGAGAUGGAUUGGAAGGGUGAUACGACGACGCGUGGCCGCUGCUGCCCACCGUGGCCCCGGGCAGCGUCGUGUGCUGCAGGGAGAGGCAGGAGGCGAUGGGACAGGGCAUGGCGGGACCUGCCCUCAGCCACGGCCCCCGGGGCUCCUGGUCUGGUGCCAGCCCAGAGCUUUGACCCCCACCUCCUCCUGCCCCCCGUGUUUCUUUCACCCGCGUCCUCUGGGGAGCGCUGACUGUGGUCCAGUGCGUGCGUGCGUGUGUGUCCUGUAAUUCAGCUGUGUCUGUCGGGGGGUUUGUAGGCACCAGACCCAAGUGCUGGCUUUGUUCCUCUCUGUGUGGCAGCCCUAAGUGCCCCCCACCACGAGUGAGGGGGAGAUGGAGACCUCCCCUGUCCGCAGCCCCCUUUUGGCCCUGCAGCCUGCUCUCUGCUUUACACCGUAGUGACCUCUCCCUGUUCAGCUGGUGGAAAUGGUCUGAGCAAGGUGCAGUCGUGCAGCUCCCUGCCGACCUGCCUGGGUAGCCCUUCUGGGACCUCAAAAGGGAUCAAAGGUCCCACACGACACUUGGGAGAAGCUUCUUAGCCAGCCCAAGCCUGGCAGCCUCCCAGCAGUGUCUCACCUGGGCCAGUCCCUGCUCCAGCAGGAUCUGGGUGGCUUCCCCUUGUCCAGGGGUUGGCCGGCCCUUCCCUGGCCAUCCUGCAUCUGGCUAUCAGAAGGGCUGUGGAAGUAGCCGAGGGGAAAACAAGGUUGUCCUCCUGCCCCUCUGUGGAAACAUGCCUGGUGAAGAGGGGCGCUGCAGGUAGCCCCAGGGCUAGCAAAACCCAUGGUGGGUUGUGGCUGGGGGCCACUUUGUACCAAGAGAUUUGAGCCCAUGUGGGGGAGAACCUCUUCUCUCACCAUGGAAAUAAAGCUGCACUGUGCUGA